UGUCAUUGGAGCUCAACAAAUCCUGUGAGGGCUGAGAGGAGGUUCUUCCUGGGGACUGCAUGACUGCCGAUGGAGAGAGGAGACGGAAAGAAAAAAUGAAUGGUGCUGUGGGGCAGUCAGAGUGGGCUGAGCUUUUUCCUGACUGCGGUGGCUCCAGUCAAUCACCUAUAAAUGUGGACACGUCCCGUACAGUGCACGAUCCUACACUACUUCCUGUAGAGCCCCUGGGAUAUAACCAACCUGGAAAUAAGCCCUUCACUCUUUUUAAUAAUGGUCACACAGUUCAGAUGACAUUGCCACGUUGGAUGGGCGUGGCUGGGUUACCAUGGCAUUACAGUGCCGUACAGCUGCACCUGCACUGGGGUAAUGGAGUGGGCGUGGCCACAGGAAGUGAACACACUAUUAAUGGACGGAGCUCUUCAGCAGAGCUCCAUGUUGUACACUACAACACAGAGUUAUACUCUAACAUGUCAGAGGCAAAGACCCAUGGGGAUGGCCUGGCCGUGUUAGGGGUAGUGAUCGAGGCAGGUGAGGAAGUUAAUCAUGCAUAUAGUAGUAUUCUCAACUAUCUGGGUCGUAUCAAAUAUGCAGGUCAGAAAGUGGCUAUCGCUGCGUUUGAUGUACGCUCGCUGCUGCCCGACGACUUGAGCCGAUAUUUCCGUUACAAUGGCUCGCUCACCACCCCACCUUGCUUCCAGAGCGUCCUUUGGACACUAUUUUAUGAGAGGGUUCAAAUCUCUCACUCACAGCUAAUGAAAUUAGAGACGGUGCUGUACUCCAGUAAGGCAGAAGCGGCCGAGCCCUCAGCGCUACAGGACAACUAUCGCGUCACUCAACCAGUUAACAACAGAACUGUCCUGUCCUCUUUCAUUCCUGUUUCAAUUCAGAUUUACACAGCAGGUGAAAUCGCAGCGAUUGUGAUCGGAUCUCUGUGCGGAUGUGUAGGGUUGGCUGUUAUCAUUCGCUUAAUUGUGAAAAGUAUUCGGAACUAAGAAAAAGGACUUCACGGUGAUUGGUGGAAACGGAGCAGCACUCCUUAAAAGGCAGAGGAGGAGUCAGAAGAUACGAGCGACGUCACAUACUUAAUAAAUAUGGGUGUUUUUGAAUAUUUUGUGUUGUUGGCUUGUGGUGGAGUGAGGAGAUCGUCUGACAACCCAAAGCUUUGUUACCUUUUUACAUCUGAUAAUAAAACUUCUGUUUAAUUUUGGAGAACGUCUCUGUGCAAAUUUUUGAGCAUGCAGGACUGCCUUUAAAG